AUGCGCCCAUAUAGAUCUCAUCUCCGACCGGCCUGUGUUCCCUGCCGAAAGCGCAAAUCCCGCUGCCAGUCCGAUGAAUCGGGCGAAGCUGCUUGUCUUAUGUGCCGAGCCCAUCGCACUGAAUGUGUAUAUCCCCCAAAGUUUAGAGUACUAGAUCCAUCAUCGACUCCCAAAUCAAGGCGACGGGCAAAACGAGACUCCCGCGCCUCGGUUGCUGAAACCCCACGUGACGGCUCCAACCCGGGACCUGCGUCAGUGCUAGAUGAUUCACUUAUUGAGCAGUCCACACUGAGUAUAGGACCGGACCCAAUACCCACACCAACUCAUGAAUCUAUUCAAGAUACAGGUGCAAGAAACGCAGCCCCGGUUAUCUCUCCAUUGGCAUCGAGAAGCACAGAGUGGCCACCCCAACAAGAUGCUCAACCUGAGGAGUCGCCAUUGGCACUGGGAUCCAACGAUGAACAGCAGCAUAAUCUUCAUAUAGUUGGACCGACAGUAACAUCCGAUAACCAGGUAUUAUCAGACUACCUGUCUGCAAUGCCUAGUUCAGCAAGAGGGUCGCGGAUUGUCAGACCAGUUCCGGGAAACAGAUCUCGCCCUGUCCUAUUCACCAUGGUACAGAAGCGACCGGUAGGAUUGGACUCAAAUCGCACUUUCCCUGAGGAAAGACUCCAACUCAUUGAGAAGAUACUGGAGCCUUUUGCCAGUGAUGUUCUAGAUGUUUAUUUCGAAAAGGUCAACUCGUCCUUCCCUCUACUCGAUGAAGCGCAUUUCCGUAAACAGUACAGGGAGAAGAAAGACAGCAUAUCUCCCGCGCUACUCAGCUGUUUAUACGCUCACUCGAUAAUCUUCUGGAAUAGCUCUCCUACCCUGUCUCGCCACAGGUGUCCCGAUGGACGCUUUAUCUGGAAUCUUGCUACCGAAGCCAUAUACUCGCAAAUCCACAGGUCUCCCGGUAUAUCUGUGAUUGAAGCUGCCAUCUUGAACAUUGGUGGGCGCGAAGUGACUUCUCUCAUUGGCAAUGGGGUUUUGUUCGCCUCCUCAAUCGCAAUGGCGCAUUCGUUAGGUCUGAAUCACAGCCCAACACCAUGGGAGAUCCCACAAUCCGAGAAGAAUCUACGGAUGAGAAUUUGGUGGGCACUUUUGAUUCAUGAUAAGUGGUUGAGUUUAGCUCAUGGAACACCUCCCGUCAUCUCCUCCAGUCUGAACGAUGUGCCUAAACCACUUGCGGAGAACCUCUGCGAAGAAGGUGCAUCAUCAGACAAAAUGCUCAAAGCUACCAUAUACAUCGCUCUUGUAGGGCUUACGGACGUUUUGGACUUGCAUUUGAGGCAUGUCCAUCAACUCAGAAACGCGGACGAUCCUAGACGCACGACACGCCUAGAACUAGCAUUGAACAGUUGGGUCGAAAAUCUUGGUGAUGACAUCCGUCGGGUCGUCAUUCGUGGAACGAAUCUGGCAAUUCCUGGCGCCGCAAACUUGCGCCUGUCGUAUUUGACCGUCAGACUGUUAUCCCAGAGAAUUGACCUUGAAGAAGAGAAGCGCAUCCGAGAGGCUAACGAUAGCCGCCUGUUAAAUUGCUAUAUGCAGGCUAGAAGAACUGCAGAAGAUAUCCUCAUUCUGGUGCAGGAGUUACAUGCAGAACAUCUUGCAGACUUUUGGCUUCCAAGCAGCGCCUUUGCACUGUCCACGACAGUCAGCUUCCUUCUUCGGUGCGCUCUAGAGACGGAGAACUCUACUUCAGGCCUCGUUCAAAGCUCUUCAUUAAAGAUUGCUUCCGACCUCUUAUCUACUCUUCGGUCGCAUAAAGAGAAACAUGCUUGGGAUCUUGGCGAUAUAUGUUUGGCUCAACAUACCGAAGUUGUGGAAAAGCUUCUGGCGAUUACUCCGCCCGAAGAUCCGAGUGCAGAAGAGCCACAGGACUUUUCCAACUUUUUUAUGUCUGAUGAUGCGUUUCUUGAUCAAUUGUUUCCGAGCUUGUGGGAUCCGUUACAAAAUGUCUGGUAG